AUGUCUGAAAAUCACAUGACUGACUUAGAUGAAGAUGACGUUAUGCUGCUUGAUGCUUGGAAUACAAUCUUCUUAUGGAUAGGAAAAAAUGCAAAUAAAAAUGAAAAACGGGAUGCUGAAAAAAUAGCGUUCGACUAUUUGAAAACAGAUCCCAGUCAUCGUGAUCCAGAUACACCAAUAAUAAAAACAAAACAAGGCACUGAACCCAUACAUUUUACAGGAUUUUUUGGAUAUUGGGAUCGUGAAUUUUGGAAUACAAAAUCUUCGUAUGAAACAGCAAAAACAAAAAUUCACUCGGAAAAUCAUCCAGAUAUCUAUGCUGAAUUAGUGCGAGAAAAAGCAAAAACGAGUAACAUAAAUCCGUUAACUGUAGCAAAAUAUUCCUAUGAUAUUUUAACAAAACCAGUUGAAGAUUUACCAGAAGAUGUUAAUCCAGAAUCUCGAGAGGUAGGUCAUCUUUUUUCUCGACAUAAAAAUCAAUAUGUAUGGGAAAAGCAUGCUACAAACCCUCAGGUUUGGAGCGAUUGCAAAACAUUUUUUCUGAUGUUUUGGUAACAAAUUUGUACAUCCAUUCAUUAUAUAAAUAAAUUUUUGAAACAUAACAUUCUACAUUUAGGGAUAGGUGCACUCAUUUUAAAUCUCUCACUAUUAUAUCGACUGUUACCAGAAGCAUCCAGACUGUAUAGGUUUUGGAGAGCAGAAAAAAGGAUGAA